AUGAAUGGAAAGACAAACGGCGAUCAAUUGGAGUCGACUAAUAAUAAUAUAAUAGAACAAGACCGAGGAGGACUUGUGCGUGACAAUUCAAAUUCAAUUACGCAGGUAGUAAAUCCACAAACAGAAAAUGCGGAAUGCGAAAAUAGCAAUGAGUCACAAUUUUUAAAAGACGCGUCUG